GAAGAGGAAUAUUAUGAAUGUAUUUGACAACUUCAACCCAACCUCUUGUAGCCUAAAUGGCUGUAGUAUCAGAAGAAUACCGUUGACAUGAGACACACACUUUGUCGAGUAUCUAAAAGCGACGUGAAAAUAUAGAACGAUAACCCCCCUCAGUUUGAAACGAAAAAGGUUAAAGUUCACAGGAAGCUGGGGGGCUGCCAUUUUUCCCUGCUAACAUUUUAGAUGCUAAACAGAGGGAAGGGUGGUCGUCGUGUUUUUUUAUUUAAUUUACCCCGACUAUUGAGCUUUAUACAUUAUUUGUUUCGCCACCCCUAGUCGCUAACCUAAAUUGAUGUUGAAUGAAUUCGGCAUGGAGAGAAUAGUGGAGCAGUCGUGGAAUUCUUCAUACACCUAUCAGGUGAGCAAUCAUAGCGCGGAGAUGCUACACAACCUCAACAUUCAGAGGAAAGAUGGAGGCAGGUUUUGCGAUGUGAUCUUGUGCGUUGGCGAAGAGAGCUUCCCUGCCCACAAGGCGGUACUGGCGGCGUGCAGUGAGUACUUCGAGUCCGUUUUUGGUUGUCAAACGGAGGGCGACGGGGAGGCAAAAGAACUCGAGAUGCAUACGAUAAGCCCCAAAGUUUUUAAAGACAUUUUGGACUUUGUCUACACCUCUAGGAUUGUGGUACGAUUGGAAUGUUUCCCCGAGUUGAUGACAGCUGCUAAGUUUCUGUUAAUGCGUUCUGUCAUCGAGAUAUGCCAAGAAGUAAUCAAACAAUCCAAUGUACAAAUCCUUGUACCACCCUCUCGAGGAGGCGACGUCAGUUUGUUCCGUGCCACGGGGGGCUCUGAAUUGGGUUUCAAAUUAGCCGUAGACAUGUCAAAUGGGGAUGGCUUGUUGGAAAAUAGUAACAAUGGGCACACAGUGGACGGAAGUCAUGCCAAUGACACUGUCGUGUCGGAUAGCAUCCCCCAGUCCACUAUUCCAGUCCUGCAGCCCGUGUCUCCAUCAGAGAAGACGGGCAACCGGUUCCAAGAAGAGGGAUCUCCGGGUUCUAAGAGAGGCAGGGGACGACCAAAGAAAGCGACAGCCAUAGAGCAUAUACAUUAUAACCACAGCACCUCUGACGUUAAAGACAUUGAGCAGCUAUUUCCUUGUGGAAUAUGUGGCAAAGCAUUUACAGAGGCUGUGCGGUUGAGAAAUCACGAAGCGCAGCAUGGAGCGUCCAGCCAUGGCGCGAGUAGCGGAGGCGGCCCUACCUUGAUAACGCACUCUGGUCAGCCCGGUCUGUUGGAGAAUGGCAUGCCCUUGCAUGGAACAGUAGAUAUCAGCCGUAAACGAGAGAGGACGAGACGUCACGUUGGCUGUGACAUUUGUGGAAAGGUUUUCCGGGAUGUCUACCACCUGAACCGACACAAAUUGUCUCAUUCCGGGGAAAAGCCAUAUGCUUGUCAUGUCUGUGGCCUGCGAUUCAAGCGCAAAGAUAGGAUGUCAUACCAUGUGCGAUCACACGAUGGAUCUGUGGGCAAACCUUACGUCUGUCAAAGCUGUGGAAAGGGGUUUUCAAGGCCAGACCAUCUUAAUGGACACAUCAAGCAGGUUCACACAACAGAGAGACCCCAUAAGUGUCAGAUUUGUAAUGCCUCCUUUGCUACGAGAGAUCGUCUGCGGUCUCACCUGGCUUGCCACGAGGACAAGAUCCCGUGCCAGGUAUGUGGGAAGUACCUCCGGGCUGCGUACAUGACCGACCACCUCAAGAAACACAGUGAAGGACCUCACAACUACUGUAGCAUAUGCAACAAAGGUUUCUCCACUGCAUCCUACCUUAAGGUGCACGUAAAAACGCACCAAGGCUCGCCAUUGCUCCCCGCUACCGCCCCAGCACACGGUGCCUUCCCCGAGUCGCAGAACCACGGCGGUGCCCCCUACCACACGGGACGCCAAUGCGCAGUGGAAGACCUGUGCACCAGUCGCCGGCUGCUGGUCACCUUUCAAGAGGCAGAGGGUGACUGCUUUCUCCCCCAGCCCGGCCCUCCCUUCCUGGGCCUGCAGCCCGAGCUGCUACUGGGGAAACCAGGGCCUGGGGGGGCUCCGUAUUUCUGGGAAUGCUCUGCCGGCCCGCCUGGGUUCCAACCCCUCCACGGGCCUCUGCCAGACGGGCAAGAGAAUGCUGGGAAAUGCCCCCAUCAGGCAGAAUCUGAGGGAGACGAGCCGUCUUUCAGGGAGCUGUCCAAUGGCGACGAGAUGAAAUCUCUGCAUAAGUCCGAGGGGGAGGAGCUUGGGACUCCGACACCAUUUGCCUGCAACGGAGCCUCUGCUGGUACUGGGGCAGUGCAGGGGUCGCCACCAGGUGGCGCUAAAGCCAAUACCAGCCAGGACUCUCCAGAGAAAAAGUUCCCCUGCAGCGAGUGCACCCAGACCUUCCGAACAAAAUCCUACCUCAACAAGCACGUCAACAGAGUGCAUCAUCAUGGGGUCCAGAAGAGUCUGGUGGUGGGUGCAGGGUCGGGGUCAGGUCUGGGGGAGCUGGGUCCAUCGCUGGGCUCGCCCUUCUCUCCACAACAGAACAUGUCUCUGCUGGAGUCGUUUGGCUUCCAGAUUGUCCAGUCUGCCUUUGCCUCUUCGCUGGUGGAGUCUGAGGCAGGGCAUAGUGGGAUGGAGCCGGGGGGGAAGUGACCCGUAGGUCUGAGGGAAGGUGGGGGGAACGUGAACCUAGAUUUGUGGGGGAAAUGAGGGAACGUUGCCCCUAGGUCUGUUCAGCCUAUCAGAUGGAAGGGAAUGACGUUGUCUUUAGACUACUUUGCUGUUCAUGGCAUCAUCUUUCACUGUUGUUGUUUAUCACCUUUUGUUACCUUUCUGUGUCAUGGACCUCGCUAAUACUAUCAAUCUAAAUGUUUUCUUCCAUUUCAUAGCAAUAUAUAAAAUGUACAUUAACAUUAAGCAACUUCAAAAGCUUUUUUGAAUCUGCUGUCUUUGAAGUCUACCGUCAAUCAUGUUUUUGUUUUUAUUGAAUUUGUAUUGUUUAUGACAUAACCAUCCGCUUAUGAUCCAUUACCAAACACACGCACAUAUAAGAAACAUAUAUUAGUCAAUGCUGUUAUUGUUGUUAUCAUGUCUGGUCCAGGGUUUUUUCUUAAUCAAAAUGGGGCUUAGGUGGUGGAUGUGGGCGUGGCCAUGGCACAGUCGCCGACCAAACAUUUUAGAGGCCCGAUCGGCCACCAAAAGAAGAUUUCCUGCAGUUUCACCAAGCUAGUUUCUUGCAGUUCCACACAUUUUAUCAUGGGGCUGAGGGGGGGGGGGGGGGGGAUUUCCUGCGAUUGUACACACUUUACCAUGGCUUAUGCGCGGUCUUAUGCUAGCUGAGUGACUCAAACAUUAAAACAAAAUCAAUGUGGGGCCCCAUGCCAUGACAAUUAUUUUCUUUUUUUUACAUUUUAGAUUCUCCCUGACUGUCUAGUUUUUUAAAUUUAGAUCUAAAGAGGAUCUGUUUGAAAAAUAAAUAUGCCUAGGUCCAUUAUCUUUUCAACAUACGUUAUAUCUGUUUUUAGCCGUUUACACUGAAAACAUUUUCACUGUUUGGACUUAGGCGGCCCGGACAAGACUUUUCUAUGCAGAAAAAACCCUGAGGUCCUAGUCAUAUUGGUAAUCUAUGGGUUAGUACAUAUGUUGACUGGGUCAUUUUGAAAUGCUUUGUUAUCUACAUGGUUUUCACAGCUGCAGUGACACCUUCUAACCCAAGGUUCCCCCUUACUUCAGACAGAGUCUCUGAUGGGAAGAGGCUGCAGAUGGACAUCUAGUCCAACUUUGAAUAUACAGGAAAGGGGGAUACCUAGUCAGUUGUACAACUGAAUGCAUUCAACUGAAUAUGAUCAGUCAAAUCUACCAGUUUCUGCAGGGCAAGAGUAUAACCUUAUGCCUCAGUAUGGCUGUUACAUUUGAGAAUGUUGUAUUCUCUUAUGACAUUUUAAAGAACCAAUGUGUUUGUUAGUCACAUACUUGUGAAAUCAGUUCUGGAUAUUCAACAGGGACCAAGUUCAGGUUUGACUAUUAGAAAUCGUGAGAAAUGUAGAAUAUAUAUUUUAUUAACUUAUUGAUUGCCCUGUCCGCGUUAUGCACAAUUUUUUUUUUUUUAAAUAAAUCAACGUUUGAGAUGUCAAUGUGCUGUGCUGAUUUUACUCUUAAGUUAUGCUAGAUACGGGAGGCCUACUAGGGAGCGACAAAAAGAGUAUGUAUGCUGAAGUGUGUGUGUGUGUGUGUGUGUUUGGUGCUCUGAUAUGUGUGCUUUUGUCCUCAGAAUGUAAUCAACCAGAAGGCUUUUGGUCUAUAAUUUUGCUCUAUUACUUUCAGUACAUUCCUGCUUUUAUUUAUAGUUAUAUUGUGAUUGUAACGAGUGUAUAUAACAUUCAUAUAUAUAUAUAUAUAUAUAUAUAUAUAUAUAUAUAUAUAUAUAUAUAUGAAAUGCAUAUAUGUGAUCAAACCUAAUGAUUGAUUUUAAUAGUUUGUCAAUUAAUGGGGAUCCUGUGUAUGUGUGUGUGUGUGUGUAUAUAUAUAUAUAUAUAUAUAAAUAUAAAUAUAUAUAUAUAUAUAUAUAUAUAAAUAUAUAUAUAUAUAUAUAAAUAUAUAUAUAUAUAUAUAUAUAUAUAUAUAUAUAUAUAUAUAUAUAAAUAUAUAUAUAUAUAUAUAUAUAUAUAUAAAUAUAUAUAUAUAUAUGUUUUUUCCCUUCCUUGUCAAUGAUGGAAAGAGGUGUUUUGGUGGUGGUUGUUUGAUUUGAAAGGUUUUCCUCACAGUGCAUGCCCAUGAAUCUGCUGUGUACUGUUCUGGAUAUAAAUGUUUUUUGGGGGGUGUGGAUGGUGACGGAGGUUUCGCUGUUCACUGUAGACCUGGGUUCAAAAAGUACUCAAAAAGCAAUUGCUUGAGUCUGGCUGGAGUGACUGAUGGGUGGGUUUGCACUUUUGGGACUCUGCUAUUGUGACAGGCAAGCUAAAUCAAAUAGUAUUUGAACCCAGGUCUAGUUCACGGUGCUGUUACCUGGCUCUGGUAGUGUACACACUACCAGUUUAGUGAUACGACCCAUGGCUUUGAUCAAUCAGUCUGUUGAGGUCAUAUUAAGCUCUUUUUAUAUCCCCACUGAAUAGUGAUGCUUUUCACACGGCGAAUGGAGUAAAAACCGUUUAUAAAGGCCUGUUUUGUGUUAUUUAUUUGAUAAGUGAGAGACGAUGCUGUUUAGAAAUACGCUCUUAUAUAAUUGGUGGUUGUGGCAACACUUAGGAUCGCCCGAACAUGCUAAUCAAAUCAUCUGGUGGUAUUGUUUUAUUUAUCUCACCUGUUUUGGUACUUCAAUUUAUAGAUGUUUUUAUUGAUUGAUUGCUUGGAUACUUACCUUUGCUGUUUUCUUGUCUUAUUCGGUUGGUCUGUUGCAAAGUGCCUUCCCAAUACUGAUUGUGCACAGCAGUGGAUUUGAAACGCGAGAUAAAAAAAAGGACCUUUCUCUCUAAAUGGUAAAUCAUGCGCAGAUUGACUUGCAAUGACACUUUUGUACGCAUAAAAACAUGCACACACAGAAGAUGUACAUUUGUAUAUGUAUGUUACCUUGGUAUUUUAUCUCUGUACUCUGCAAGAUCGUUGAACUUUAAAAAAACAUUUGAGUUACAUGUUUUGUCAUAAAACCUUUGGACACAUUUCAAUAUAAGCAUACUUUUCUAUAGAUGUCUGUUUUUGUACACUGUUUUUGAGUCUGUCAUCGCUGUCUAAUUGAUGCAGAGAUGGGGAUUCAAUAAAGAUGUAUCUGAAACUGUU